AUGGGGGAGAACGAUUCUGAAAUCCAAGCAGAAAUAAAAACCUGGAGUGAUAAGAAAGACCCCUUAGAAUACCAUUAUGAGUGCUCGGAACCCGGCUGCGACCUCAACCUCGAAGGGGAAGUCAAAUCAAGACCAUCGAAUAGACGGAAUUCUGCAGGCUCUAGCGACCGUGGGAGAACUUUUAUCGGAACUGGAGAUCCCGAAGAAGCGGAAUCCUGGAUCGAUGAACUCCAGAAGGCAUUUGAGCUUUUGAGAUGUUCUGAGGAAGAGAAAGUUACCUUAGCGACCUAUCAACUGCAAGGUAAUGCCAGCUAUUGGUGGAAAGCGACCAAGGAAAUCGUGUUCCCAGAAAAUGCUACUGUCAACUGGAAUACUUUCGUUGAAGCAUUCAACGGAAAGUAUUUUUCCGAAUGUGCUCGUGACCGAAAGAUGAAGGAAUUCUUGCAACUUCAGCAGAACAACAUGACGGUAGACCAGUAUGAAGCAAGAUUCGCUCAACUGUCGAGGUACGCCCUUAAAUUUAUUGAAGAUCCAGUGGAAAGGGCAAAAAGAUUCCGAGACAGUUUGAACCCAGACAUCCGGAGACAGUUGGUGCCGCUGAACCUCAAGGAUUACAACGAGCUGUAUGAACGAGCACAGCUAGUGGAGAAAGAGUCCCUGGAACAAGCUGCCACGGCGACUAACCAAGGAAAACCCUAUCAUCCGGCUUCUCAAUCCAACCAGCAUCAUGACAAGAGACCGAUGUCGGGAGAAAACCAUUUCUCCACUCCCAACAAGAAGAUAAAAAAUCAGAAGCCAAUUUCCACUGCAUGCGAUGUUUGCCAUACUUGCGAAAGGUUUCAUGGAAGUGCUCCGUGUCCAAAACAAACGGGAGCAUGUUUCGGCUGUGGUCAACAAGGCCACCACAUAAAGGACUGCCCGCAACGACAGCAAGUGAAGUAG